CAGACACCAACCCAUGGCGUCCACCGUCAGCGUCGUGGCCGCCAUUAUCUUCACAGUUCUGAUGGCUAUUGUCUGCGUCUUCUUCUUCUGCGUCGGGUGCGGCGCUCCAUGGGGCGAGUACUGCAUGGGUGGCAAAUACCCUGGCCGAGUGCCGACAACGAUCCGUGUCGUGAGCCUCCUCGUCCAAAUUCCCCUGUUUGUCACGAUGGCUCUUGUGGUGCUGGCUCGGGCCGACGUGGCGUUGCCAAGCCUCCACUCGUCGUGGGCGAUCUGGAUGGUCGUGGGGCUGAUGGGUGUGUCGUCCGUGCUGAACGUCAUCACGCCGAGCAAGUGGGAGCGACUCAUUUGGGCGCCGCAAGUCAUCGUAUGCUUUAUCAGCAGCCUCGCUGUUGCGUUGGACAUGUAGGCUUUCGCGUCCAAUUCAUCCAUUCCGUAUCAGCCCAUCAAGUUCACGUCGAAUGUCGCGUCCAUUACGCUACGUAGUUAUAAAGCCGUCGGUCCGACUGGUUUCUUGUCAAGUACUCGCGUUCAAUCAAACUUUCGAUGCGGCGCUUGAUCAUUUGCGGCGUUGGCACGAACCUCGUCGUGAGCUGACGGGUCACUUCUGUCAUCAAGUUGUUGUGCUGCAUGCUCUUGCGCGUCUUCAUGAUGCGCACGAUUGCCGCUUCGACCAAGUGUUUCCGGUCCUCUUCGACAGUAGGCGGAAGUUCCGUGGGCGGAAUCGCCAUCGUUUGGUCGGCGCCGCUGGCUGGACUGUCUUUUAUCGACACAAGCGGAAUGCGCACUUUGUGUAGCUUCGACUUGUACUCGUGGUUGAUAGUAAAUUCGUCGUCGUCUUCG